UUAUUUACGUAAACAAAAUAAGAUUUUGAGAAAUACGAAUCAAAAAUUAAAAAAUAUGAUUAAUAAUAAUAAGUAUAGGCAAAUGUUAAAGGAGAUGCUAACUAAUGAUCAAAUUCGGACUCUAUUUACCAAAAAGCGUAUCAAAAAUUGGUCAAAUGAGACCAUUCAACGUGCUCUCAAAUUACAGUUUACUUGUGGAACCACCGGUUAUGAAGAGCUUAUCCUACAAGGAAUGCCAUUACCAUCUUUGCGUACAUUACGACGAAAGUUAGAAAACUUAAAAUUUGAAAGUGGCAUCUCAAAUGAAAUGUUUGACUUUUUAAAAUUGAAAGCGUCUCGUUUACAAGAUAAUGACAAAGAAUGCGGAUUAGUUAUGGAUGAAAUGAGCAUAACACCGAAAAAUAUUUACGACUCAUCAACAAAAACAAUGCUUGGAAACAUAACAUAUCCAAAUGAGAAAGAUCAUAAAUAAAGCUGAGAAUAUUGGUUUACAUAUUAAUUAUGUAACCUGCGACAUGGGUCCUGGAAAUCAGAGACUAUGGAAAGCUUGUGGAAUAAACGUAGGGCGAUAUUCUAAUCUAAGAAAUUAUAUACCACAUCCAUCUGAUUCUAGUAGAUUUUUAUAUUUUAUUGCGGAUAUUGCACAUCUGUUGAAAAAUUUAAAACAAGCAUUAAUUAACAACAAAUUUUUUAUCUUGCCCCAAGAAUUUGUAAUAAAAUAUAACUUGCCAUCGAACAGGGUUGAAAUUGCACAUUUUAAUGAUUUACUUGAAUGUCAAAAAGAUUCAGAAUUACUUUUAACGCCAAGAUUACGUAUAGAUGAUAUUGAAAGUACUAAUACUUUUAGUAAAAUGCGGGUGAAUAAAGCAAAAAACGUGUUUUCAACAGAUGUCAGUAGUUCAUUUGAAUUUCUGGCAGAUGAAAAUUCUAAGCCAGAAUUUCUUGCUACUGCUUGGUUUGUCAAAACUAUCUCUAGAUGGUUCUCGUUAAUGACUUCAAGAAAUUGUAAUAAAGCAUUAGGUUUAAAAAAUGAAGAAAUAUACAAUGAUAACAUUAAAUUUUUAUACGAAGUUAUUGAUCUCUUUAAUAACAUAAAAAUCGGUCAGAAAGAAACAUUUAAACCUGUUCAAAGAGGAAUUAUAUUAUCCACGACAUCAAUCAUUAAUCUUGUAGAAUAUCUUUUAAAAGAUCGUAAUUUUAAAUUUGUGUUAACUGGACGUCUGACACAGGAUUGUAUGGAAAACCUAUUUUCAGUUAUACGUCAAAAAAAUGUAAUUCCAAAUUGUUUACAGUUUAAAAACAAUUUGAAACUAAUUGCUAUAUCAAUGUAUAUGAGACCAAUAGUAGCAGGAAAUUAUGAUUAUGAUGAAAAUGAAGACGAAUAUAUUUCUGACUUUUUAGAAUACUUAUCAAAAAGUGGUAAAAAGGAUAAUGUAUCAGCUGAUAUUUCCUUUACUUCUAAUGCUUCAGCUACAAUUACAAAUGACAUUCCCCCUUUUAAUAACAAUACAGUAAUAGAAUUAAAUAGUAAAGAAAAGAACAGUUUAUAUAGCAUAGCAGGAUACUGUUUAAAGUCCGUUGAGAAAACAUGUACUACAUGUUGUAAUUGCAUACAAUCUGUUGGGUCAAAAAAAUCAUUAAAAUUAGAAUUUUCUAGAUUUGUGACACUUAAAUGUUAUAAGAAAAAUACGUUAUACUUCAUUAAUAAACCAACAUUUGAGGUAUUCUUAAAAUUAGAAAAUAUAUACAGACAUUAUAGUCCCUAUUUUAACAUCAUGCAGAGAGUAAAUUUAAAUGAAUUUUUACUUGAUAAAUUUAAUUCUGUUCCAGCAGAUCAUAUUCUUAAUAAUUGUCAUAAUUUGCGUCAAAAAUUAUUUAAAAAAUUUGCUACCUUAAGACUAAAAUUUAAAAACAAACGAAAUGUAUUAGCUAAGCGUAAAUAUUAUGAUAGCAAAUCGAUGAUGAUGCAUCAUUCUUUAAAAUAAAAUAAUGUAAUACUUUUUA